AUGCAGCUCAAGUCUCUCCUCCCUCUGGCACUUGCCAGCAGUGCUGUGGCCCAGUCCAGCAUGCCCAGCUUGGCAGAUGCUCUGGCUUCUCAGAAUGCCUCGCUCUCUGUCCUCAAUGGUCUCCUAGCCACGCAGCCCGACCUCGUCAAGUCUCUCUCCAGCGCCUCCAACGUGACCAUCCUGGCGCCCAACAACGCCGCCCUCUCCAAGCUGCUCAACUCGUCCAUGGGCGCUGCCCUGGCCACCAACAAGGAGGCCCUCACCAGCGUGCUCAUGUACCAUGUCCUCAACGGCACGCACUACGGCUCCGACUUCACCAAUGCCUCCAUGUUCGUCCCGACCAUGCUCAACAACCCCAUGUUCUCCAACGUGACGGGCGGCCAGCGCGUCGAGGCCAAGCUGUCCUCGGGCAAGGUCACCUUCUUCUCGGCCCUCAAGGAGAACUCGACCGUCGUGACGCCCAACCUCAACUUCACCGGCGGCGUCAUCCACAUCAUCGACUCGGUCCUCUCGGUGCCCAUGAACGACUCGGCUACCCUCGUCGCCGCCAACCUGACCGCCGCCGCGGGUGCCAUCAAGCAGGCCGGCCUCGGCGCCAACCUCACCAUGCUCAAGGACGUCACCAUCCUGGCCCCGUCCAACCAGGCCUUCGCCGCCAUCGGCUCCCUCGCCGCCAACCUGACGACCGAGAUGCUGUCCCAGGUCCUCCUGUACCACGUCAUCCCUGGCGUCGACUACAGCCCCAUGAUCAAGAACGGCACCAUGGUCAAGACAGCCGGCGGCAUGAACGUCACCUUCACCGUCGACAACGGCACCGUCUACGCCAACUCGGCCAAGGUCGUCCUGGCCGACGUGCUCGUCAGCAAUGGCGUCGUCCACGUCAUUGACGGCGUCCUGAACCCCCAGAACAGCACCGCCAAGCCCAACCCCUCCGCCAGCACCCAGGAGCCCGCCUUCACCGGCGCCUCCAGCGCCAGCGGCGGCGGCGUCCCCUUCACCUCGGGCAUCCCGGUCCCGACUUCGACUGCCCCGGCCGCCACUGGUGCGACCUCGUCCACCAAGAACGCCGCCCCGAUGAUGACCGGUGCUGUCGGCGCUGCUGCUCUGUUCGGUGGUGCCGCCGUCCUGGUCAACUUGUAA